ACAUAGCCAAAAAAGAAGAAAUAUUGAGGUUAUGAUUGGAAAUUAUUUAUUUACAAAUAAAAGACAUAAUGUUUAUUAUUUGGAAGAAAAACAUAAGCAUUAAUUUCCAUAUUAGUGUUCUACUAUUAUUUGACGUGUUAACAUAAUAUAAUGUAAAAAUAUUUAAAAUAAUGGUUGUGAUUUUUCGUAUCAAGAGCAUUAAACUUAUACUUUUGACAGCGAUAUUUCUAUUUUCUAUACUAUUUAUUUACCAAAUGUUAGAGAUUUUAGAUGAAAGCUACUCUCCUAAUAUAAGUAACUGCCACUAUAAUGAUAAAAUAGAUGUAGUUUAUACAUGGGUGAAUGGUUCUGAUCCUAAAUUUAUUAAACAAUUGAACCACUAUUUGAAUAACCACAAUAUAAGCUGUGAUUCUUCCCAACAAAGAUUUGAUGAUAAAUAUGAACUGAAAUUUUCUCUAAGAUCUUUAGAAAAAUAUGCCCCAUGGGUUAACCAUGUUUAUAUUGUAACUAAUGGUCAAAUUCCCUAUUGGCUAGAUUUGGAUUAUGAAAAAGUUACUGUAGUUACUCAUGAAGAGAUAUUCAAAGAUAGCUCAGACUUACCAACAUUUUCUAGUCCAGCUAUAGAAUUCAAUCUUCACAGAAUACCAGGACUAUCGAAGAGAUUUAUCUAUUUCAAUGAUGAUAUAUUUCUGGGAUCUCCAAUGUACUUACAGGAUUUUUAUACAGAAGGAAAGAAAUUUCUGAUUUAUUUAGCAUGGCCAGUACCUAAUUGUGCUGCAAAUUGUUUGUGGAUGUAUGUUAAUGAUGGACAGUGUGAUAAAGACUGUUAUAUACCAGAGUGCCAAAUGGAUGGUAAUGACUGUGCAGAUGUCGAGGAACAGAAACAACUUUUAUACGAGUUUACUAAAGAAGAGGAGGAGGAGGAGGAAAACGAGAAAAAUGAAACAAUAAUCUCAGAGCUCCAAGAAUCUGUUCAAAAACUGCAAUUCUAUCAAACUUUUAUCAAACAAUUUAAUACACUUCACGAAAAAUCGAACAAGAAAUCAGUUAAAGGACCAUCAAUAAAGUUACCAAGUAAUUUAUCGGAAUUAGUACAAAUUCAUAAUAGCAAUAUUAUCAGUUCGUACAAGCUAAAUAGAAGACAUAGAAGAAGAGACUCAAUUACAUCUAAUUAUUUUCAACGUCUGAAAUCACGCAAAAACAUUGAUGCUUACAGUUCAUCACUACAACAUACCAAUCGUGUCUUUAAUACAAAAUAUGGGUUCCAUACUAGAAGAGUACCGUCACAUGCCCCUAUUAUGAUAGAUAAAGAAAUCGUGACAGAUUUAGAAUUGAAAUUUGACAAAGAGUUCCAAGUUACACAGAGAAACAGAGUUCGACGGAAGGACGAUAUGCAGUUUUCUUUCACUUAUUACCAUUUUAUUAUGUCUGAACAAAGAAAAAAAACUAUAGGAGAAAUAUUUGAUGAAUUUGAUACUGAUUUAUCAAGUACAUGGUCUGACAGAGAGAUUAGAACUUUACUUACAAGUCUUUUUGAACUUCCUUUAAGUUACACAACGGUUAAUCAUUUUGAAGAGUUACUUAUGAAUUGUUCACAAAAAGAACCGUUUCCUGAAGUUCCUGCACCUUUAUACGAGAGAUAUUUAGAUUCAAAACUGCCAACUAUAUCCAAAUAUCUAAUUGAAAAUUGUGAAUAUGUAUCAAAUAUUUUAUUACAAAAAUUCGAGAAAGUUCCUCAAUAUGAUUUCGAAGCUGUUCAUGAUUCCGAGAAUAAAUACGUCCAUUUUGUAAUGCUGAAUUCAAAUAUCAGUGAUGUGGUUGGUAACUUGGAUGAAAUACGAAGAAAUAGGAAGAUCUAGGAGGUCCACGGUUGAUCUAUGUUUACGGAAGCCGUAUUGAUGGUCGCUGAUGAGGUUAGCAAACUCAAGAUAUUUCAUGAUUUGAUGGUUAACGACUUUUCCAAUAACCUUUGCGAUGGCUAAAGAAAUCGGAUGGUAAACAUUGCGAACCGUCUUUUUUCCUUCUUUUGAUAUGGGUAUUUUUUGAAAAUAUUUAUUAAAACUUUUAAAAAACCAAUAAUCCUCAUCCCCCUUAUAUAUAUAAUAAAAUCCUUGCUUGGGGCUCACUUAAUUUUUUAGAAUAUCAAUAUAAUACACUUUUCAUAUUUAAGUAGUUUUUUGAUAAAACUGAUUUUUAAAAUUUCUAAUAAAACUUUACUAAUCAUUGUUAUGCUUUUUUUUUAUUUGCAGAAAGUUUGUGUGUUUAAAUGACAAUCUAGAUGAAUCAAAAUUUUCAGAAAAUGAACUAGUGAGAGCUGUACUGUAUGAUUUUUAUUUAUCUUUGUUUCCUCAACCGAGUAAAUUUGAAUUGCCUCAAGAAUUGAGGAACAAAUUUACAUACAUUAAGGAGUUGAAAGAAUGGAGAUACAACAGAAGGAUUGUUAGUAUAUGCUUGUUCAGUAUGAUUGUUGUGAUAUUAUUAUUUACUUUUUAUAAUUCUUGUAAGAAAAAGUGUUGCCUAAUUGCCAAUAAAGUUUUAUGUUGA